AUAUAUGACCAUGUCAAAUGAAGAGCGGGCAAUCUUCGGCCUUGAAGUAGACAUGUUUUCGGUCGACUGGAUUUACAGUACGACCAGACUAGAAUUUUUCGACUAUGUUAGGAAACCGCAAGUUUUUCUUCGUUUAAGUUGUAUGGUAUUGGCGACGGUCGUCAUCGGGAUUGUGCAUAAUUGUUGUUACGUUUACGGGAUUUGUUUAUUUAAUGAAGAUCAAGGGUCUUGUGGAUUCAGUUUGUUCCUGUCCUCUAUGUCACUCAUUGUGUCAGUUGUGUACCUGUGGCUGGACAUCAUAGUCGACAAUGUUACGAACGUGGAUAUAAGAAAAAGCAUAGUUAAGAUAGACACAAUCCUGACAAGUUUAUGGAGUUUCCUGUGGUUGGUUGCAUUUUGUUUGCUUUGUAAUCGCUGGCAAAACACGAAACCAGAUUUUCUUGCGCAUAAUGCUGUUUCUGCCGAUGGACCUCGUAGUGCCAUUGCCUUCACAUUCUUCACAAUGGUUGUAUGGAUUAUUCUGGGAUAUUUUACAUACAAAUCAUAUAAGUCAACUGAAGCACUGUGUUCUAACCUUGCUUACGGAGAAACUGAUAAUUCACCCGGCUAUCACGGAUUUUCCAAUGACGCAAAUAUGCUCGAUGCAACUGGGCCAGGACCAUUGGAUCCCGACACUCCUACUGGGCAUGCAAAUAUGGAUUAUCAUGUCGGCAAUAUCCGAACGGGAUUUGGCGGUGUGUAUUCUGGUGAUACAAUGGGUGGAUAUCAACCCUAAGAAUUUUUCCUGUUUCAAGAAUAGAUUCCAUUGUGACGUAAUGUCUCUGAAUUCGCUGUAGAUUUGUGAACAUUUGAAGUGCUGUUGAUUUUCGAACAUGUGAUUCUGUUUUGUUCUCUUGGUUUUGCUGUUGUAUUAUUCAUGUUGCCUUUUCACCUGUAUAAGCACACUUAUAUCACCAUUCUUUGUUAUUCACAUUCACUCUAAAGUUUUCAGCAGAGAAUAAUUUGUCCCGUUCAAUUUUUUUUUCUACGGGUUUGUUCACACGCCUAUCGGCAAAAUUAUGAAAUAACUUUUCGAAAGCAAUAACGCUAACAGUUGGUUGUUUUGUUUUUGUAAUCUUGGGACUUUCAGUUGCUUGUUUUAAAACCAGAUAAUUCUUUUGUUAGUUUUCACUAAUUAGGGAAUGUUAUCCGUGGUUGUCCCAUCUUCACAUAACGGUACUAUGUAGUUACGUAAGGUGUCAAAGAAACCAAAAUAUAGUUGGCUAUAUCGAUUACGAUAAAGAUAAUGUGACUAAAUAUCUGCAGGUUUGUUCUAUAAAAUUGAGUGUAUUUACCUAGAAUGGAUUUUGGUUACUGCCUAGAGAAAGCGGAUGAUUGCCCUUUGGAGACAAUUAAAG